UUUCUUCCGUACUCUCUGAAAAACAAUGGAGGACAUGCGGAAGAGGCCCGGAGCUGACGUCACGACCGACGACGCGUCGUCCUCGUCCUCCGCGAAGAGGCGGCGAGAUCAGGCCGAAGGAGGCGGUGGCAUUUCGGUUGCUCCUCCGGUAGCGAACGACGUCGUCGUUGCGGACAGAGGCGACGUUUCGGUUACUCCGGCAGUGAACGACGUCGUUGCGGACAACGGCGACAUUUUGGCUCCUCCGGCAGUGAACGGCGUCGUUGCGGACAGUGGAGACGCUUCGGUUCCUCCGGCCGCGAACGACGUCGUUGUGGAAAACAGCGACAUUUCGGUUCCUCCGGCAAUGAACGGAGUCGUUGCGGUUCCUCCGGCAGUGAACGACGUCGUUGCGGUUCCUCCGGCAGUGAACGACGUCGUUGCGGUUCCUCCGGCAGUGAACGACGUCGUUGCGGAGAGCGGCGACGAGACGGCGAGCGAGCUCUCGAGGCUUCUGGAGACGGACUACCUGUCGCGAAACUCGGUCGCUGCUCCGGCGAGAUUGACGUUCUCGGAGCACCCGUCCAGGUCGCCGAAGCUGUUCCAGACGAUGUCGACUUCGUACAUCACGAUAAACGGGAACGAGGAGAGUUGCGGCUCGUCGUUCUCGGACGCCGAGUCGUCGGUGAUGGCGAGCGUGGACAGGACCGGGCGCGACGUGGAGCAGGUGAGGCUGGACUACGAGUGGUACGCGGCGGAGAGAUGGGCGGAGGGGCACGGCGAGUCGGGAUUCGACGACCGCGCGUGGGAUGCUGCCGAUCAGUCGGCGCGUGAAAGAAUGGUGCUCAACUUGGACUUGAAUUCGGAGUGGGACGACGCCGCGCUGGCCAGGUUUGUAGGUGAAGACCUCAAUUGACAGCUAGCUCAGUUUUCCGGUACCGAUUAAUUUCUUUAGUGUUAAUUUUUGGGAUUGUGAUCUCAAUUUGGUGGUCAUGGCGGUAGAGCUGUACACAGUGGUAAACACAGUCUAGUUUAGUCUAAUCUAAGCUAGAAUUUAAAUUUUAAUUACAAAAGAUUUAGGAUACACAGAGAUGAUGAAGAAGAUGGUGAUGAUUGGUCUAUUAUGGAAAUUGGGGGUUAAAAGUGCAUGUGGGAAGAGUGAAUUAGCAAUUAGGCAGGUGCUAAUUGUGACCAAAAACUUGGAAAAGGAGUAUGUUUUCGUUGCCGUUGCCUAAAUUUCUCUGCAGCCCCUUUUUGAUUUGCUUAAUUAAUUGUUUAGAGGUUGCUAUACUUUUAAUUAGUCGUUAAUAUAUUGUUUAAUUCUUGGGAGACUCCGACUGUGAGUCUGUGACCCGAAUGAAAUGAGUGCAUGGAGUUUGGUCAUGGUUGUUUGUACACCAUUGACCGGCCAGAACAACCAAGAGGACAAUGUACAUGUCCAAAUGGGGACAAUGGUUAGUUUCCCGAGUAUUGAAACGAAGGAAUCAGUAUUAUUCUGAAAUUAAGAGUUGUAUAAUAAUUUACGGGGUAUUCUACACAAUGAACUAAUCCGACGACUUAACGGGGAUGGUCUCCAUUUGUGUAUACAGAGGCUGAAAACAGCAGGGCAAAAAAUGGUACACACAGGCGUCCUCUGUCCUUGACCUCGGGUCCUUGCGUGCCAUGGGGUCCUAGACACUUACUGAGAUCCUACCAAUUUUGGAUCCAUAUUUUCAGCGUGCGUUUCAAUGCCUCAAAAUUAUUCUGUUCGUGGAUAACAUAGAGCUUUGUUUUGGACUAAGGGCCUUGUUGAGGGAACGUGCAUAGCUACUUUUGCGCGACCUUUUCCCUCUGCCCGGUCGGCCAUUCAUACAGAGGCUGAAAGCUCUUAAGGCGGGGUCGUUGAUCACAAUUCAACAGGAUUGGAAGGAAAUCGAAGUUGAAAGUGACUGCAUGAACUUGGUGAGUGUACUACAUGCGGUGAUGAUUUUUCGGUCAUCGGAAGGAUCUUGGAUGAUUGUAGAAGGUAUUUUAAUGCUUUUACAUUAUUUUAUUUUUAACAUAUAUAUUGCGAAGCAAAUAAUGUAGCCAAUAUAUUAGUCCACCUUACUAGAUCUAGUAACUUAGAUGAGUUUUGUUUAGAGGAGACGCCUGUUAUUAUUCAAGACGUUCAUUAUGAGGGUUAUUGUAAUCUUUCUUAUGUAGCUUGGGGUUCAGUUAUAUGUCCCCCCGAUUCAAAAUUUUAAUUCAAUAAAAUGGAACCGAGCGUGGGGCUGAACUCUCAAGUAGGCUGGGAGGGAAAUGAAAACAAAGAACUACAACCCCAAAAUCCAAAAUCCCCUCUUACCGGGCCUCUUUGCCGGGCUCAU